UCCCGAACUUUUGAAGAAGGUAGUCGUGUAUUGCGUAUACGGUCCGUUGGUCCGUUGUGUCAGUGUGCGUAAGUCGGCGUUCUGCACUAGUAUUCGUACUAUUUCUGCACGUGCUGCUCGCCGCUACCGUUUCGAGUGGUACCAAUAAUAGACAACAGUAGCGGGAACUAAUUAAUGCUUCGGUGGUGCCUGUAGACGAAGGCUCAGUUAUAGAAGGGAGCUACACUCCCAUAUGAUAGCAUGGAUAGUAGUGCCAAGCCAAAGCGCAAAAACCCGCGCCAGAAUGCAAAUAUAAUAUCCCAACUGAUAUUUGCCUGGGCCAUACCACUAUUGUAUCGAGGAUCUCGAAGAGGUCUGAAUACGGAUGACUUGACGGAAUGUUUAAAAGAUGAUCGCUCCGAACAGCUGGGUGAUCGUUUAGAAGAUCAGUGGUUUAAGGAACUGGAACGAUCACAUCGCAAGAAACAGAAGCCGCACCUCAGAAACGCUCUGUUUCGUUGCUUUCUGGGACCGACGAUUAUUAAUGGCCUCAUUUGCUUAAUCUACAUAGUGAUCAAGACCUUGAUUCCAGCUGUUCUUGCUCAGUUGUUGAUACAGUUUCAAAUCGCUCCUGCUGCGGAAGUCAAAAACAUUGCCAUCAACGAUUUGUCAAUAUCAGAUUCCCUCAAUCGAACUGCACGCUCAAUUGGAAACUACGUGCUGAGUCAGGCUGUAGCCCACUCCAGUGGAUCACCAGGGGAUGUUUAUUCGCCAAAUUCUUUGGACAAGGGAGAUCCCCUGAAGGAGCCAAUUCAGCCAGCAUCUGAAGAAGUGGACCACAAUGCCACUCUUGUGCGCAGUGUCCUGGAUCAGACCGCCGAGUACGUGUGGAACGACACCUAUAGCCUGGGUGUCGUCCUGGUGAGCUCGACGCUCUUCUGCUGCUUUCUGCUGCACCACGUCGAUCUGCGGCAACGCCUGAUGGGCGCCCGGAUGCGAAUCGCUUGCUGCUCACUGAUCUACCGGAAAACGCUACGCCUCUCGAUGAAAACGGCGGGUCAGACGCCGGCUGGUUACCUUAUCAACCUGCUGUCGAACGACGUGAAUCGCCUGGACUAUGGCUUCAUAUUCAUGCAUUGGAUCUGGAUUAUGCCGCUACAGGCGGUGCUCACGUGCUACUUGAUUUGGCUGAACAUUGGCAUUCCGGCUCUGGUGGGAGUGAUUGGAUUGCUGCUGAAAACGGUGCCCGUGCAAACGGCCUUGAGCAAGGUAACCUCAGUGCUGCGGAUGAGAAUUGCGGAACGAACGGAUGAGAGGGUGGGCAUCAUGAAUGAGCUGGUGCAGGGCAUUCAGGUUAUCAAGAUGUACGCCUGGGAGAAACCCUUCCAGGCGGUGGUGGCCGAAGCGCGACGACGCGAAAUUCAGCAGAUCCGCUAUGCAUCCUACCUGCGAGGCUUCUACCUCAGCACCAUGGUGUUUACGGAGCGAUCCACCCUAUACAUCACCCUGGCAGCGGCUGCUCUCAUGGGUCAGACCAUUACCGCCGACUUUGUCUUCUCCGCAGCCAGUUACUAUAACAUCCUGCAAUUGGUGGCUGCCAUUUGGUAUCCCCUUGCUGUGAGUUUCGGAGCUGAAGCCUUGGUCUCUUUGCGCAGGAUUCAGGAUUUUCUUAUGCUUGAGGGACGCGAGGAACGAACUCAAGGACUCACCCACAAAAGAGAUCAGGAUGGCGGGGACUCUAGAGCCGUAACCCUCAAGGAUAUCAAUGCCAGUUGGGAUAAUGAGAAGCCCCAGAGGACCCUGCAAAACAUUAAUCUGCAGAUUGAGAAGGGUCAACUGUGCGCUGUGAUUGGACCCGUGGGUGCUGGCAAGAGCUCAAUCCUGCAGCUUCUGCUGGGCGAACUUCCAGUCAUCGAUGGCGGUGUAGUGAUCCAGGGAGACCUUUCGUAUGCCGCCCAGGAACCCUGGCUCUUUACGGGAACGGUGCGGAAUAAUAUCCUGUUUGGCGAGGAGUACGAACGAAAGCGCUACCAGGAGGUGACCCGUUGCUGUGCCCUCUCCACGGAUUUCCAGCAGCUCCCCAAUGGCGAUAAAACCGUUGUGGGUGAACGGGGUGCAUCCUUAUCCGGAGGUCAACGAGCCCGCAUUAGCUUGGCUCGUGCGGUUUACAAACCCGCCUCGAUCUAUUUAAUGGACGAUCCGCUUAGUGCCGUGGAUGCUCACGUGGGCAGACAUCUGUUUGAUGAGGUUAUUGGACCCCGAGGUCGACUGGCCCAGCUGAAGGCCACUCGUAUACUGGUCACCCACCAGGUGCACUUUCUGUCCGAGGCCGAUAUUAUUGUGAUCGUGGACCAGGGAAAGAUUUUGAGGCAGGGCACCUACCAAGAGCUCAUCAACAGUGAUUUGGAUUUCGCAAAGCUGCUCGAGCGACCCAAGGAUGAGGAGGAGGCGGAAAACAGUCGCCGUCAAUCAUCCCCACUCAGUGGACAAUCAUUGGAGAGCGACGACGAGGACAUACCCUUCAUAGAUGGCGUAAAAGAUGGUUACCAGCAGCUAAAGAAGCAAAGCGGUUCGAUUCAUGGCAGCAAGUCGUUGGACAGCUCGCAGCUAAACGACGACGAGGUGGAUGAGGACGACCUGGCCGAGGCCCAAGCCUCCGGUGGUAUAUCACCCCGCGUUUGGUACGAGUACUUCCAUGCGGGCAGCACCCUCGUGAGCUUCAGUUUCAUGGUGUUUGUGAUGCUGAUGUCCCAGGUGGUGUGCAGCAGCUCGGAUUUCUUUGCCAAUAUUUGGACACAGCAGGAACACCAGCGGUCGCAGGGAGCGACCACCAGUUUCACUACCUUCGAGUGCAUGUACAUUUACGGGGCUCUGAUCAUUGCCGUGGUUAUCAUGACCACGUUUCGCGGAUUUCUGUUCUUCAAGAUCUGCAUGCAUGCCUCCAAGGUGCUGCACGAUCGAAUGUUCGCCUGCAUUUUGCAUGCCACCAUGAGAUUCUUUGACACCACUCCCUCCGGAAGGAUCCUGAAUCGUUUCUCCAAGGACAUGGGCGCCAUUGAUGAGUUGCUUCCGCGCGCCAUGAUGGACUGCAUACAGAUCGCCCUGGUCAUGUUUGGCAUACUGAUUGUGAUUAGUAUAGUGAACCCGGUUCUGAUGGCUGCCAUGCUGGUGGUGGGUGUGGUGGAUGUGCUCAUCCUAAAGCUGUACCUGCGACCCUCGCAGGAUCUCAAGCGCUUGGAGGGCAUCUGCCGCAGUCCAGUGUUCUCCCAUCUGAGUGCUUCCCUCACUGGUCUGGCCAUCAUUCGGUCCCGCCACCUGCAGGAUGUGGUGGCCAAGGAGUUUGAUUUGCUGCAGGAUGUGCACAGUAGCGUUUGGCAGCUCACCAUGGCGGUAAACACGGCUUUGGGCUUGUGGCUGGACUGUGUCAGUUGUGUCUUCCUCACUGCAGUCACCUUUAGCUUCAUCGUUUCCAAUGAAUCAACAUACAGUGGCAACGUAGGUUUGGCCAUAUCCCAGGCCAUGAUCCUGACCGGAAUGGUGCAGUAUGGUGUGCGGCAGGUGGCCGAGUCCUUGCAGCAGAUGACCAGCGUGGAGCGUGUCCUGCAAUACACCGAACUGGAGCAGGAAGCUGCGUUGAGCGAGAAGACCCCUCCCCAGCAAUGGCCCACUCGUGGUCAGGUGGAGUUCCGCAACAUGAGCUGUCGCUACGAUCCAAAUGGAUCGCCGGUGCUAAAGAGCCUCAAUCUCACCAUCGAGGCGGGCUGGAAGGUGGGCAUUGUUGGACGCACAGGUGCUGGCAAGUCCUCGCUGAUUGGUGCCCUCUUUCGGCUGGCAAACAUCGAGGGAGACAUACUCAUCGACGGCAUUGAGACGGGCACCAUUUCGUUGGAGAUCCUGCGCACCCGCAUCUCGAUUAUACCGCAGGAUCCGGUUCUGUUUUCCGCCACCAUCCGUUACAACCUGGAUCCCUUCGAGCGCUACACGGACGCUGAGCUCUGGAGCGCUUUGGAAGAUGUGGAGCUGCGUGGUGCCAUUCCCGGCCUUGACUACAUGGUCACGGAGAGGGGAAGCAAUUUCAGCGUGGGCCAGCGGCAGUUGCUCUGCCUGGCCAGAGCAAUUCUCCGAAACAACAAGGUCCUGGUGCUCGACGAGGCCACGGCCAAUGUGGAUCCACAAACUGAUGCUCUGAUCCAACGCACCAUUCGCGUCAAGUUCAAGCAGUGCACGGUUCUCACGGUGGCCCACCGAUUGCACACCGUCAUGGAUUCGGAUCGGAUUAUCGUGAUGGAUGCGGGCGUGGCCGUGGAGUACGAUGUACCUUAUCUACUGCUUAAGAAGUCACAAGGACACCUGCGGCAAAUGGUCGAGGCCACGGGCGGAGAGGCGGAAGCCCUGAAGAAGACGGCCAGUGAUAGUCACAAAAGGAGGCAGAGGGAGCGGGACCAGCGAGAUCGUGACGAGGAUGAUGACACACAGGAGUGAGCAUCGGCGACCUAAAACAUCCACCGGGAACCGCAUUUACCAAAAGCUGGUGCUUAUAAUGGCUUAAGGAUGCCAUUUUUGGCUCCCUGAAGGAAUGGAUCCUUGACCAAAACGAAAGCCGUACCAAAAGAAUUUUCUUUCACACACACAUUUUAUGUUAUCCGUGUUUUCGUGUACUUAGUCCAGUUAAGUUUGUAAACGAAAAGUCUAGAUGUGCUGCCUUAUACGUAUUGUACUUAGAUAUAAUCUUUGCCAGGGACACCAGUGUGUUAAAUUUGUAUAAAAUCUUUAUUGUAGAGCUUCAGUGAAAAGACAUCCCACUUAAAACAUGACAAAGAAGAUACUUACUUUCUGGUUAUAGACUAGAAAUGAACACUGCCUUCAUUUAUGGAUCUGUGGCUUAUGCUUUACCCAACCACUCAUUAGUUAGUUCAUCAAAUAUAUUCUGUAUAUUAUUGCAAGUGAAAAA